UUUAGGGAAAAUAUUCUCAAACUUGGUUGCUAGAGAUGCCAAAAAUAUUUUGUGAAAAUUCUUUCCACUGUAUCUUAUUUAUGAUAUAUGUAAAAAAAAAAAAAAAUAAAAAAAAAAUAAAUGGUUUAAGGGUAAAACAAGUUACUUGUUAGAGCAGUACACACCCAAUCAGCUCUGGUAUCUGAGAGCUCUUUAAGACAUUGGAAUUUUGAGACCAUAACAUUUGUAAAUGUGAAGUUUUAUGUGGACCAGAUCAUCAUCUUUCAUGUAGCUGACAUUGAGGAAAACUGCAAAAAUUGGAGAAAAUAAAAUGGGAAAAAAAUCCUUUAUUAGGCCGAAUUACUUCUCUACCCCAUAACAAAGUGUAGUCAUGAUUUGGCAAUCAGAGCCCAUUGCACAUGAGCAAAACUGAGCAACUUGGAUUCACUUUUGUUUUAAUGAAGCCCAGAAGAUGGGCAAAGAGAAGAGGAGAAACGAUUAUGUAAGACAAGGGAGAGUAGAGAAACAUUAACCCUUUAAGCACAUAAGGAAAAACAUUAUCAUCAAAAUAUCUUGACCAACACAAAAUAGGUAUCGUUUGAAAGCUAUUAAAUUCCAAUGCAUGUCGUCAUCAUGAUCAAAACUGAACAAGUGCUUUGAAAUUUGCAGACAAAUCACAAGUGUUUCGUUUUGAUCAUUAAUUGAAAAAAUUGAAAAGGGGCCUGUGUAGAUUUGAUAAAAUAUUACCUUUUUUUACAAAUGGUGAUGGUGCUGUUUUUUACAUCAGUUAUAUCCUGAGUAUACUUUGUGAUCAUUUGAAUGCCACUUUGAUGAAAUAAAGUACCAAUUUCCUUCUGAAACAGCUAAAUCUGUACAUUAUUCCAAACCUUUGGCCGCCAGUGUAUUUUUCUUUGACAAUUAUUUUGGUGUUGCUUAUAUGCCACGUUUCUACUUAUAACUUCAAAAAAGAUAAAUGGAACAUAAAAUAUCACAUGACAUUAUUUAGAGGUGGUGAUUAUCUUUCAAACGAGACCACACAGUGGGUAAUCGGAUGCAAAGAUCUUUUGAUUAUCCACACGAAGCACAAGGUAACAUAAAGCCACCAGGUGAUGGCGCCAUUUAAAUGACACAGACUCGAUGCAGACUCAUCGAGUCAAAGGGCCCUCAUUCUUAGAAAUCUCAUUACAAGUCUCUAUGCUUUGUAUACCUUAAGUCCUUGUUUUUGCAUGUGUAAUUAGUUUUUAUGUAUAGUUAUGUUUUAUUUGUUUGGCGUGGCUUUUGGACAUAUGGAGACUUUUAUGUACACUGAUAAAUUAUUUUACUUUAAUUAACUAUUUUUAUUGCUUUGUAAUAUCAACACAACAGUUUUAUCAGAGACAGUUGACAUGAUUGGAUUUAUAUCAUGUCAAAUAAGGGAAAAAAAACACGUUCAUUUUUGGCUCUUUUUCAGGUGUCUCAGACUGUACAGUACUGUGCAAAAGUCUUAGACACAUAAGAUGUUUCAAAAAACAUUUGUCUUAAAAUAGUUAUUUAUAUGUUCAGCUUUAGUGUGUCAUUAGAAAAUAUAAAAUUUAGACUCACAAACUUUACUUUUGCAAAUAGAAUGGAAUAGAAGAACAGGGAGCCCUGCAACAGAUGGCAUGACCCCCAUAGAUCUCCCCACUGAACAUUGAGUCAGUCUGGCAUUACAUGAAGAGACGGAAGCAGUUGAAACAGCCGAAAUAUAUAGAAGAAUUGUGGCGAAUUCUCCAAGAAACUUUGAACAUCCCAUCUGCCAACGACCAAGAAAAACUGUAUCCAGAUCUGAAUAAGUGGCUGCACAAAUUCAAUCUCACCCACCCACAAAAAGAUGAUCCUUGCUUUUGCAAUUUGACACUCCGCUAGUGGAUUUGGAGCAGAUGGACCCGUUACCAGAAGAACUUGGGGUUGAAACAUCUACUGAUCAGGGUGAAGGCAGCAAUGCUCAGCCUGAAUGUUCUCAAGAUAGUACAAUGGAAGAUGAGCUUGAUGGACUUCCUGUUUUUGGGGCAGAUGAAGAUGAUUGGGAUAUGGACUUUAGCUCCAGUCACAAAGUUUACACUCGGAUAGCUAGGAACAGUGACGAUAAAAAUGAAAGUCAAGAUGGAGCGCCAACUAGUGGUGCAGAUGCAGAAGAGAAUAGUAACUCUACCAGUGGAUCCUCAGAAAUGGAUGUGGAGAUGGCAAAAGCUUCUGAGGACAACCCUGUCACCCCCUCAUCAGACACUAUAAUAGAUAUCCAGGACGUACAGUCUGAAAUGAGGAUUGGGGGAUUACAAAGUAGCGCAAAGCAGGAUCCUCCAGCAGAAAGCCCUAAUAGAGAAACAUCUUGCUCACCAAUAAAUAUCAAAGACGAGCCAAUAGAUGAGGACUAUGAUAAAGCUUUAAUGCCCCAGUCUGACAUCAGUCGUAUUAAAGAGGAACUGGACAAUAUUGGCAAUGAGGCUUCCUCUCCAUCAGAUGAACUGAGGAUCAGCUCUGUUUUCUCUGUUAGAGGAAAUAGCAGUGACGGAGUUUCUGCUUCUGUGGCUCCCUCCCAGUCAUCUUCAUUCUCAGUUAUGCCUACCGCUUCACUCAGAGGGACCACUUUAGUUCUGCCAACCCAAUCCCAAUCCCAACCCCAACCUCAGCUUCAUCUGCGGGUGCAGCCCAGGCCACAGAUGCCUCCCCAAAUCCAGUCCCACCCCCGGAUACAGACGCCAAUGAUGUCCCAAACUCACCUCCAGCCACCUACCCAGCAGCAAUUCCAUGCCCCUCCACCCACCGUGAGGAUCUGCUGCUCGGGCUGCUCCAAAGUCUUGCAGAAGGGUCAAACUGCGUUUCAACGAAAAGGCUCUAAUCAGCUGUUUUGUUCCACUGUUUGUCUGACUAGUUUCAGUUUACCCUCGGUUCAGUUUACCCCCGUUAUCGCUCCCAAGAAAACCUGCCACCUCUGCCUUAAGGUCAUUGUAAAUCUAAAAGACUUGAUAACCAUCCCUGUCGGCUCUAUGAACACAUUAAAGGAAUUCUGCAGCCCAGCUUGUCUAAAUAUUUAUAAAAAUCGGUAUGAAGACGCACCUGCGGAUUUAUUCACACAAUGCAAUGUGUGUAAGUUGGUCAAAGAGAUCCAGCAUGAAGUGACUCAUCUUGGUGUUGUACACAAGCUGUGCAGCGAUGAAUGCUUUGCACGCUUCCGAUCCUCCAGAAACCUCUACAUGAGCUACUGUGAAAACUGUGGCAACUGUACAGCAUCAGGAAAUUAUCACCUGGUUCAGAUAGAGGAUAGUAUUAAAAAGUUCUGCUGCACCGAAUGUAUCAGCACUUACAAACAGAAGAGUGGCAAGAGGCUUAUGUGUCCUAAUUGCCAAGAGAUCAAAAAUAUGGAUCAGAUGGUGGAUGGCACAAACAUACAGGGUGUGACAGAAUUCUUCUGCUCCCACAAAUGUGUUUCCAUGAGUCAAGCAUCUCCCAGUCUGACCGGAACCUCUUUCCCAUGCACAACCUGCAAGAAGAUGGCUAUUCCUCAGUAUCACCUUGCCAUUUCUGAUGGAUCAAUCAGAAACUUCUGCUGUCUAGAUUGUGUGGGCAAAUUCCAGGAGAAAAUGAAUACACCUGUACCUCAUAACCAGAUGAAUGGAAACUCUCAUGGACCUCAGAGCACUUUAGCAACACGGACCCCCACUGACCAUCACCUGCUUACACAAACUUCUUCAAUUAGUGUGCAUGGCCCAAGCCACAACCCUCCUCCACCUUUUGUACCUAGUCAAAAUCCAGUUCCAUCUUACGUACCUGCUCCUGGUCUGGUAAACCCCCAAGAAACCCAGCAGCAAUGGCCCAGCAAGCCUCCCUCUUCCUCUGACAAGAUUCGACUUGUGUGCAAGCAGUGCCAGAGUCAGUUUAGCACAAAGCCUGAGGUUUUCCAAUUUAAGGGUCACUCAGGUUUAUUCUGCUCUCGCGUGUGUUGCGACACAUAUAAGAGGGAAAGCAAGGUGAAAGCUGAGUGUGCAUACUGCAAAGAAGAGAGGGUGAUCAAAGACAUCAUGACGUAUGAAAAGCAGCCCCGAUAUUUCUGCUGUGAAGGGUGUAAAUUGCUUUUUAAGCAUGACCUUACUAAACGACAUGGAGGUCAAUGCAGGGUUUGUGCCUACUGUCAAAACAUGACCCACAAAACCAUUCAGAACUUCUUUGGAGGCAAGCUGGAGGAGUUUUGCGCAGAGGAGUGCAUGUCCCUCUACACAGUGCUUUUUUAUGAGAUGGGCAAGUGUCAUGGCUGUAAGAAUCAGGGGUCACUCAAGGAAAGUCUCGUCUGGGAUGGAACUACACGUCACUUCUGUAAUCUUUCCUGUUUACUGCUGUUCUGUUUAAAGAGCGUCGGAUAUCAUCAGCCUGCUAGCAACGGAAAUCUAUCUACAGCCACUACAGUUCAAGCUCCAUUAUCUCUUUCGAAGGACAUGCCUAUUAUUGGUGGUGUAGUAUCAUUGGCCUCCACAUUACCUGGAAAUACUGCUCUCACAGGAGCUCUCCCUACCUCAAAUGCCAGCUCAAAAAAUAUUGGGGAAGCCAGCACACAAACAGAUGCUGCGGUGCCUGCUAGUCCAUAUCGAAGAAUGUUGAAGAACAAAGCUCUGAUGUGCAGACCCAUUACUGAAGAGCAAGCAGUCCAGUGUGAGCCAGAGCCUCCAGCACCUCCAAAUCUGCCUGGAACAGUGAUUGAAGAAAAUGGAGAAAAGGUGAGGUUGGUGCCAGUGCCGGUGCCCAUUCCGAUGCCUGUCUACAUCCCUGUGCCAAUGCAUCUGUACACCCAGUACACACCAGUUCCACUGGGACUACUCCUACCGGUGCCUGUACCUAUGGUCAUCCCUGGAUCUCAAGACACUCCUGAACCAAAAGACACUAAAUGCAGCCUUCCUGCUCAGAGCUCAGUGGAAGACGACGAGGGGGAAAUGGGGAAAGUCAAGCCUGUUUUACAUGACCAGGGCAGCACGUACAGUGGCGAUCUAGAGUCAGAAGCCAGAUCAACACCCUUCAGCUGGGCAGAUAAUGAGGAUCCUGGAGCAAAUGUGAAGUCAUUGGUCCCAUCAGCAGAACUAGAGGAGCCAGUAAUUGCUCCUACCGCUCCUACCACUCCUACUACUCCUACCGCUCCUUCUGCUCCUACUGCUCCUACCACAUCUUUGUCACAAGAACAGCCAGAUUUGGAAGACGACUUUCCCAGAAUAUCAACUGACCUUGGUGCAUCUAAGGAGAACAGACUGGUAUUGACACUGAAGCGACACAAGAAAGGCCACCCUCCCAGGAAAAGGGGACGUAAGCGAUCUGGAACAGAUGUAUCUGGCUGUGUUUGGCUCAGUACCUCCAGCUCAAAGCUAAACCAAAUGUACGGAGUUGAAGCCUGGACCAACUGGGUGCAGAAGAGAACUGGACAAACAGACAGUGAAGAGGACCAAGAGUCCUCAAGCCUCAUGACUCUGAAGAAGGAUGUGUUGCAGUGCAGCUCUGCAGAGCUAAGUUACGGUCUGUGUCGUUUCAUCAAAGAAGUCUGCAGGCCAAACGGCGAAGCUUACGAACCCGAUAGCAUCUACUACCUGUGCCUGGGCAUUCAGCAGUGCCUGCUUGAAAAUGGGCGUCUUGAGAAUAUCUUCACAGAUUCCCUCUAUAAUCAGUUCAUCACUGAGAUCACCACUCUGCUGAAAGGCUGGGGAAAUACUUUGCCACCUGGGGGGCAUAUACACUCACGGGUUGAGGAGGAGUACCUUUGGGAAUGCAAGCAAUUGGGGGCCCUAUCUCCUAUUGUUCUGCUCAACACACUGCUGUUUUUUGGAGCUAAACUGCUCAAUCUCCAAACGGUUGAGGAUCAUCAACGCCUUGCAUUCUCUAAAGUCACCAACUGCACAAGAAUGACCAAAAAGGGCAAGACCUCUUAUCUUAAGUUCAAACUACAUAGCAAGGAAGAAGGCAUUGAAAAGAGAGCACCGGUUGGUAAAAGGAAGCGAGAAGAAGAGACAGUGGAUGAGGAAUUUAUGGAGAUGCUUGAGAACUCCAAGAACCCCUUACGCUGUCCCGUUCGACUGUACGAGUUCUAUCUCUCUAAAUGCUCAAACUCCGUCAAACAGCGUCAAGAUCUGUUCUACCUUCAGCCUGAGAGUUCCUGCCACCCCAGCAGCCCUGUGUGGUACUCAGCCGAGCCAUUGGACAGUUCCAUGAUGGAGAGCAUGCUCACACGCAUCAUAGCCGUACGGGACAUUCACCUGGACUCUAAGCUGCAAAAGUCCCAGGACUCAUCAGAUGAAGAGAGUUCUUAAUGAGAACCAAAAAAAACUGCUCAUUAGAAGGGGACAUUGCUUUUAAAAAGAUAACGAAUCAUGGAUCUCCCCAGAACUCAAAAGUAGCAAAGUACCAAUCAUGAGACUGAACUUAAAAGGAGCAAAACAAACACCGGAAAGCCAAUCAUGAGACAUUUAAAGACAUCUACUUUUAUUCUAAUGAAAUGGGAGGCAAGAGCAACUUAUGACUUUUUAAUUUGAAACCAUUACUGUUGUAGACUCCCUCUUCCACAUGUGGACACACUCACCAGACAUUCCUCGAGUCAUCAUGUCAUGAAUGUUAAAGACCAAUUUAAGAGGAAAAAUGUUUGGUUUUUAUUUCGAUUGCAUCACAGUAGACACGUUGCAGUAGACGUUGUUACUCUGUAUACUCUGAAUUAUAUAGCGUAAUCUUUUUAUGUUAAAACAUUCUUCUUUGUCAUUGUUGGUGUCCUUUGGAAAUAUAUUUGAAUUCUCAGACAUAUGACUGGUUUACUUCUGGUUAGAUAUAUAAACAUUGCCCUUAAUCUUAAAGGGAUUGUUCACCCAAAAAUGACAAUUCUUUCAUCAUUUACUCACCCACAUGUCAUUCCAAAUACAUGUGACUUUCUUAUGCAAAACACAAAAGAUGUUUUAAUAAAUAUCUCAUCCGUCUAUUUAAUACAACGGGAGUGGGUGGUGCCUCACUUUAAAGAUUAAAAACGUACCCAGAAAUAUUAUAAAGUGAUUCAUGUGACUCGUGCAUCAUUUUUCAAAAGUCUUCUAAAUGCGUACAGUGGCUUUUGGUGAAAAACAACCUGAAAUUUAAGUCAUUUUUGUAAAAAUCUUGACAUCUAUUGCACAUUCAUAAAUGCUAUGAGAUAAGGUAAUUCACAGUGGCUCACGUGUUCAUUUAAGUAAUGGGAUUGUUUUUAGUUGUAGAGAAGAAACUCAUUUUUGUGUGAACUAUUCCUUCAACAUGUUUUCUGUUCUGCCGCCUGAUACAGUUGGACACAGCAGUCGCAUAGGAACUGCUACUAGCAACCGACCCCCACAGUUCAAGUCAACAUGAAACAGGCAGAAUAUUAAAUGAGAAAAAUGUAGAGCGAGACUUGGUUUUAUUUAUUGCGAAUGGAUUGAAUUGUAAAGAGAGUUCUCUAUUUGAUGGGUUGUUGGAGAGGAGCGGUGGAAAUAUAAGAGGGCUUGAUAACUAUUACAUUUUGAUGAAAGAUUACUAAGACCAUUUUUUUCUUUGGAAUAAUUUG